GCCGGGGCUGCCGUCUCGAACAAUGGUGCCGAUAACACAAAUGCGCCCGCGAUAAACACGGGAGACAACGCGUCGGGGCUCUUCCAAACUUUACAAGGUCAUGUCGACAGCAUUCGGUCCCUCAUACAAUGCGGCGUUUGCAUCCGGCCGCUCUAUGAACCCUAUACUUUGGCUUGCGGGCAUACAUUUUGUUACAGUUGCUUGACCUCAUGGUUCGUUGGUGGACGACACAACAAAACAUGCCCUGACUGUCGGGCCCCAGUGAAGGCGCAGCCUGCACCUGCUUACUUGGUUAGAGCCGUUGUUCAAAUGUUCACGAGCCAGCCCGAACUACUCGACAAGGGCGAGACCACGAACGAGCACCAGCGCCAUCACAACGAGGAAGCAGAGCGGUUAGAAAAGGACAGACAGAAUGCAGACCCUAAGGAAGGGGGUCUGUUUCGGGGAACUUUCAACAAGCCGAAAAUUAGUCAGCCCAUCAUGGAUGACGAUGAUAACAUAUUACGUUGUCCGCACUGUGCAUGGGAGUUGGAGGACGAUGAAUGUAUACACUGCGGUUACCAACGAGAUCGCGACUCGAUAACGAGCACAUAUUAUAGCGACAUUGAAGGGUCCGAAGAGAUGACCGACUACAUGGACGAUGACAUUGAGGACGGGUUCGGAGAAUAUGAUGAAGAUUAUGACUUCGAUGAGAUAUACACAACCCUUCAAAAUUUGCCGCCAGGUCUUCACGACGCAUUGUAUCGGCAACCCGGCGGAUAUUGGCCCUACGGCGAUUGGACUGCAGGCCCUUCUUCGGGAAUCGAAGAUAGUGAAAUGGACGAUGAAGAUGACGAUGCGGAUAUGGAUUCAUUCAUUGACGACGACUUAGAACAUGACCAUGGCGACUAUUCUGAGUCUGACCGGUCUACAGUUGUCGGGCAUCAUGAAUACUCAAUUACACGAUCCGACGUUCUAAAUAGCGGUACGCCUGACGAGAUGCUGGAUGGGAGCGAAGACGGUAGCAGCGAAGAAGAUGAGGACUCACAUGAUUCAGAAGACUCGGAAAACUCGGAAGACAACGAUGAUGAUGACGAUGAUGACGAGCCUAUCAGACCUGCUAUUAGCAGUAGCCGGCGGAAUCGAGUGCCAGCAUAUCGCGUGCCAUCGGAUUCUCCUACUCCCGAGCCAGAGCAGUCCACCGGGGCUUCUCGAUCGGCUGAUGCGGCGCCUAGGACAACAUCUGGCGCCUUUCGCCGUACUCAGAACCCUCCUGCCAACUCCGAGGCGAAUGCAAUAUACAUCGCCUCUUCCUCAGAAGACGAAGGCCCUGUAAGACCUACGAGGAGGACUAGAAGAGAACGAGGAAAC